CCCAGCAACGACGGUCCACGGGAGCGUAAGGAGAAGCAGGUGAUUGGCUAGGGUUUGGUCGCUUCUCCUGCUUUGCCGCCGCUGUCCUCUCUUCUCUUGGCGAGUCGGCGGCGAGGGAAGGAAUUGAAGAUGUCCAAGAAGAACAAUCUCGCCAAGAGGAAGAAGCAGUACGAAUUCGACCUCAAGAGGGAGAAAGAGGCCAAGGAGAAGCAGGCCAAGAAGCUGCAAGCCAAGAAAUCCAAGAUGAAGAUAGAUGGUGGUGAGAACAAAAGAAAGGGUAGUCAAUUUAAGGUUGGCAAGAAAAAGGUGAAGACGAAACUUUCAGCCUUAACGAAAGCCAAAGCUGAACAAGCCAUGGAGGUGGACAAGUGAUUGCAGAGCUUUGCUUCAUAUAAUAUGCAUUACACAGGCUAAAGUGCUGAGCCGAUGCUGAAUUUCCGAAGCGGAGUGAUGGGACCAGAUCGAAACCAUGUACCGUUUUGCCUUUUUGUUGCUGCUUCGUGGACUCAUGAACUGGUAGACUAGGUGUAGAGUAUAAAUGUGUCUUUUUUGUCAAAAGAAUUAAUUAGCCUGGAUCUCUGAUCUCGAUGCUCUUUCAUGUGCCAAUCUUCA